UUACCCCAGAACAAAACAUCCUUAUCGUAAAUAAUGUCCACAAAUACAUCGUUGACACUAAAAGAUUCACUUAACAUUCUUUACUUCUUGUGCUACUCUAUCUAUUGUUAUAUGUAGAGAGGAAAAGCUUUUUGUAUAUUACAAUCCUCGUUAAAUAAAUAAAUUAAACUAAACUACCAUUGUGUAUAACAUUGAUGAACAAGAAUUUUUCAUAUUAUUUUCCAAAUUUUUAUCCUGUUUAUGUGAUCGUUGUAGCGAUUAUUUAUCAGUUCAAAAAUAUCGUCCGACAUGGCCUUACGAAUUAAUAAUAUUAGCAAAAACAGUAAAUAAAUAUCGUCGAAAGUAUCGCAAAACUGGUUUUUUAUAUCAUCUGAAACAAUAUUUAUUUUGGAAAGAAGUUUUUUACGUAGAACGUGCCUUUAUCAACAAUCAAGACGUGCUAAACAAUUAGCGUGGGUGGCACAAGAACAAAAUAUAUGGAAAUUUGCUAAUCCCACUUUUCAUACUUAUUCACCAGCAUUUCGAGGACUAACAACAGCUAAUGGCAAAAUUACGGAUAGUAAAAGAAUAGUCAAGGUGUUGGCUGAUUUCUAUGAGACACACUUUAAAGAACCUAAAUUUGAUUUAAAUAAUCCUAGUCAUCGGCAGUCAAUCGAGAUAAAGGAUCAAUUAGAUUAUUGUCCAAAUAUUCCAGUACAGAGAAUCACAUAUAAAGAAGUAGAAGAUACAUGGAAAAAACUUCAACCGAAAAAAUCAUUGGAAAGUGUGGAUACAUCGUCAUUUCUAUUGAAAAAUCUUCCAAGAGAAUAUAUGAGCAUUAUAACAGUAUUAUUUAACAAAUGUGCUGAAGAAGGAACAUUUUUUAAUGCUAGUAAGGGUGCGAAAAUUAUAUGUUUAUCCAAAGACGGAUUAUACCCGGAAGAACACAGAUUGCGACCAAUAUCAUUGUUACCCAACAUUGGUAAAUGGAUGGAAAGAAUAAUGCAUCAGAGAAUACUGAAAUGGUGUGAACAAAAUAAUAUAUAUGUUGAUGAACAAUCAGGAUUUACGCCGGGACGACGAUUACAAACGAGAAUCUUAUCAUUAAUUGAAGAAUUGAGGCUUACAACGGCAGCCAAUAAUCGUCCUGCUUUAGUUAUUUUCGUCGAUUUUUUAUCCGCAUUUGAUAAAAUGUGGUUUCCAUCCUUAAUGAAAAAUUUGAUUAUGCUUGAUAUGCCGCUUGAUUUGGUCAAAUGGAUAUAUUCGGCAUCAUCCGGAAAUCGCCGUCGCCGCGGAUUCUUAAAUGUUAAAGUGUAA